UGUCUUUCAUAUCCUGUUGAGGACAGCGACUUCCUACACACUCUGUUCAGCCUUUAAAAAGGUAUGCGCGUUUUAAAUUUUCAGCUGUUCGGAGACGGGCUUCCCCGGUCGCCUACCGUCGGCCUCCGCUCCGACAGAAAGAAGCACACUUCCAGGAGGUUCAACGGCAAACGCGCUUGCAUCUGUAUGUUUCGUGUUUCAUUUAUAACGCGUGCCCACGAGACUUUUUCCAGUGAACAGUCAUGCGUCCGUAACCGACGGAAUGCACAAGACAGCACGAGCAUGCGAUGAAUGUGUUCAUGUCGCAGGUCGACCGGGUGUCGCGUUCAUCUUGUCACUUUCACACAUUGGCUUUCCCUUGCUUUCUCUUCGACCAAAGUCCGUUGUGUUUUCUCGCCCUCUUUCUCUUUCUCGCGAACCAGGUGCGAAUUUCGCUUUCGUACUCCUCGGUGCGCCGCCGUCUUUUGAGGUCUGUCUCCAUUCUGUCGCUCUCUCAUUCACCUUUCGAAAUCGUUUCUGUCAUUAGUAAGCGAUCCUGCCGUGUCACGAGCUCGCUUCGCUCUCCCUUGUUCCCCACAAUUUUCAGCGCAAGUGUGAGUCACCCGCGGCACACACAGCAGUAAACCAAGGACAGCCUUCCAAAACGUUGCGGGGCAAAAUGGCACAGGAAAAGACGAGCUCUUUGUAUCGCAUGCACGAGGAAAUUCGCCUCACCCGAACGGCUGAAGCCAUCACGGAGUAUCCAAAUCAACUUCUCCGUCUCGUGGAAGAGGAGAUUUCAAUGCACUACAGACACGCGCACGAGUGCCGCAGACGCAUUGCCGUGGCGAAUCGACAGCACUCAGACCCAGGCGAAGCUGCGGCGUACGAGCUGGCGCAUGCAGUGGCGGAAAAAAACAUAAUCAUUGCGUUGCGAGUUCGCGGGGCCUACCACCAUGAGCGGCUGCGUCUGCUCGAGCGAAUGGCUGUCGACUCGUGUGGCCAGUUCGAGGCGUUCGACGGAGACACCAUUGAAAAGCUCGCAGAUCGGGAAAAGUUGCAGUUGAAGCGAUUGUGCGAAGUCGAGCACAGACGAAGGGAGAAACACGCGUGGAAAGUCGCCUCGGAGCGCAACGGAAAGUUUACAGCGGUCGCAGACGUAGUCUUUGAGAAAGAUUGCUUGCUAGAGGAUCCGUGGACAGACGCGCCACGAGACGAAGACGAAGCCCUCAGCUCGCCUUGGAGCGCAUCGCCUCCAGAGAAACCUCGAGUCAAGUUGUUUACGGCAGGAAGAGUUUGCCGCUUGCCGCUCCACAAAGCGGAGCAGUUGUGUGCACGCCGCCUCGUGCGUCUGCUGCGCACUGUGGAUUGCGGCUGGAUCCCGCGGUCGCAUGCAUUUUAGAGGAACUUCGCGUUUCUCCCAAUCGAGAGUCCGAAGCGCCGCAGGUGAGGACGGCCCUAAUGCGUCGUCUCUCGAGUGAGCGCACAGUCGCCGGAAGACUUGAAGGAACAGCGCCUUUUUAGCAUAACACAAAUCCUUUGUUCAUGAAGUGACCACGAGAGCGAGGAUGUGAGAGAGAAGGCUGUUGCAUGUUUGUAUGGGGACAUGCUGCUCCUUCCUAGGAAAGGGAGGAGCGAGAAACUUAACGUGUCCUUGGUUUGUCUACCGCUUAGGCCUGUCGAUUCCACCAACAGCCCAGGCACCUCACAUGUGAACGGGGAGCUUUUAGCUUUUUCUGUUCAAGUGGAACUUUUCAAAGCGCGCCUGAAGGUGAACUUUUCCUGUGAUAUCUGC